AUGUGGACGUCGAAGAAGUUAGUGGUAAUACCGCAGAGGACAUCAGGGCUACAGCGGCUGCCCUAUGAAAUAAUAGCAUAUAUUGUGAAGUACCUAGACAUUGAUGAUGUUUUUCAUUUAUCAUUAUGCAGUCGCCACUUUCAGUACUUAGUGCGAGAAGAAAGGUUUUGUAAAACCCUCAUUAAUAUCAAAGCCUCCUAUACAAUUGAAGCAGACGAGGCUCGGAGAAGUGGUCAAUUCGCGCGAGCUCUACGGCGGGUUGCGAAGAGACGCCAAGCUCUUUCCCAAGCAUCUCCGUAUGUUAUAGGAAUCGUAGGCCUCGCUGACUCAUAUGAAUAUAUUCAUGGAGUACUUUGCUACAUCAUCGAGGCACGGCCUCAACGAUGGCUGCGAAUUCUCGACCUUCACGGUUCGGCAAGCCACGAGAUGGUCGUAGAUAUUCCAGCCUUGAUCCGCGAGGCCGUGCCGAGAUCAGCUAAAAGCCGUAAAUAUAAAUUUCGAGUCUUAUAUCAUUCGAAUGGUAUUACAUCGUGUUUGUUUUCAUUCGCGCUACCAAACACCGAAAACUGGCUAUUGAUAUUCCAAGCCGAGGAGAAAAAGAUCGUGGCCCAAAUCCCACUAGAGUCUACGGCUAAGAUAUUCGUGCGAAACAAUAAGGAUUUUCUAUAUUUUGGUACGCACUCAGAAGAAGGCGCGGAUGGGUUUAAAUAUUGGGUCCUUACCGGAUUUCGUAUCGAGGAUCGCUCCUUGUUCCCUCGGAAGAUGCGCUUAACAAGCGUGGUCGGGUACGACAUCGGCACUACGGUCUGUUUCGAGAUCAUAGACAAUUACUUCUAUGUCCUAUCGAAUCAGACAAACUUCGAGCUCAGGGAGACUGAUUGGAUUUCCUAUUACCAUUGCUUACGCUUCCCCCUGGACGAUCCGGAUCGCAAUAGGGCCCAGGUCAUGCAUAAGGAUGACAGCUGGAGGAGAAAGCAUGCCGAAGGUCCCAUAGACGACCGCUGGGGAUUUCUUAAGCUAGAUAAAGACGAGGCUUCCGGCGUAAUCAAUAUAAUCGAAUCCAGGAAGGAAUGGCUCACAGGGAAGAGUGGUAGUCGACGAACUUAUUAUAUGACUGAGGUUUGUUUCAAUGAAAAUUUGGAGCUGGCUGAUGAAGAUAACCACCCAGCCGUUAUACCGCCGGUUAUCAUGGUUGGUGGGAGAUCCAUCAGACCUAUUAGGGUUGGGAACAACGCAGUUGACUCGGAUGUGCCAGUUCGACAACCCGAAAAUGUUCACCCGGGAGAUGAUAGUUCUACGACGCCAAUGUUCACGCGAACCCAGACUCACUUACGUUCUUACCAACGAUGCUCUAAUACGUACCUAGAUUUAGUUGAUGAUACUUCUAGCGGGUCAACCGGUCGACAUCUACGUUUACGAACCGGACAUAGGAAGCCGAAACCGAAACCGGAAUCAACCCCAAACGCUCUUCCAACCUUGGAAGUAUCGCCAGUAUCCGACGAGAAGAUAGAUUUAGACGAUAUCAUUAAGCAGUGCUAUCACCCUAACGAGAUUUAUUUCUGGCCCCCGGAACGACAUCAAAACCAGGAAUUAUUAAAUAAGGUUUACGAAAUACUGAACCCACCCGGUUAUCUAGGCAGCAUCACCGCCUUUAGCGAUGAGCGCUCAAUAGUCUACGCUACUGGGGAGGAUGUAAAUGGACUCAAGGUUUUAAUCUAUGUCAGCUUUGACCCGGCAGCUAGACUGGCUGGCAUGUUGCGUGAGGGGUACAUACUGGGGGAAAAAAUAUCAGCCCAAUACGAUGAGAUGACCGGUCAAAAGGGUUACGGUUCGGGUGCAGAAGCCGGUGGCAGUACGAAACACGUCAAGGAUAUAAUGGCCGAAGAUGAGGGAAAAGGGAAAGUUGAGACUAUUGGCGACCAGUCUCGCGGAGCUUUGCCCUCCUAUAUUGCAAAUCCUCCGGCCCCGGAGGCAGUGAGCGAAGACUGCAAGUCAUGGUCUUGGCUUGAAAAGGCCAUGCAUCAAGAUCUCACAGGAAAGCUAUUUACUUUUGCACAUUGAAAAGUAGCAGAAUACGAUGCAAGUCAGACGGCGCCUUUUCCUUGACCACUUAAUUUUAUCUUCGUGGGUUGCAUUCUUGUGUGCCCAGUAGGUAGAGCACUUUCCUGCAGACAGGCUAUGUAGAGCAAGAGAAGUUAUGGAUUGGUGAGAAGGAGGUCUAGAUUGAUGGCCUAGCUCAUCCGCCUCUGUAUAUAAGUAUUUAUAGGUCUUAUAGAAGCUUGCCGAC